GCUUUUGUUUCCGUUCGCUGAAGAACGAGUGAUCGUCGUUCGGUGCAUCCGACUUGCUUCGAAUUAUUCGCCGUGCACCAAGUUUUGGCGGAGCAGCAGUUUUUUCUGUGAGGAUAUCGGUUCUAGGAUAUGGCCGAGAAAUACGACACCGGUAGCGGUGAAGGGAAUCGUUCCGAUACAGAACGAGAUGCAGCCACGGUGUUCGAUGAGAAAGUGAACCCGCCGAGAGCUCGUUUCCGGCUUCAUUCGAUCGAGGGGCUUCUUUUGGCAGGUACGUAUGCGAUCCACGUGAGACCGAGCUCCAAGGUCGAGUCGCGGCAGCAGUUCGUUGUUCACCAGAACGUACAAGGCGCUCUCAGUCUGAACCAGGACUAUCUUUUCCCCUUCGCCGAGAGAGUGCGGAUCGGACUGUUCCGCACAGUUGGCGGCUCUCAAGAACGGCUCCGAGUAGCUGGUGUCUUGCCGGUCCGAUUUCUGUCACACGAGAUCCAUCUGAGACCAGAGCAGAAUACAAGGGCCAGGCAUUCCGUGAAAUUCGACGACGGAAAAGGCACUUUGAUCUCGGUCACGAUGGAAUGGUGGCCGCUCAACGAAGGUCAGCACGUUGUCAUCGAAGCCAGACUCGCCUACUCAGAAGGAAAAGUCCGAGUCAAGUACGAGCCACCGGGCUACACCCCAAACAUUCGUCAGUGAGGGAGAGUCGUGCAUCCGGC